AUGGCACCAUACCCAGCGCAGCCCAUCAAAGGCCGAGAGCGAUACCGUGUGAUGAUGGACAUUCGCAAACUUGACGCCCAGAAUUGGCUCACCCUCGACAAGAACUACAUGGACGAACACCACGUCCGGACUCAAUUGCUCCACGAGAAAAGAGAAGAGGUCCUGCGUUGUCUGCCAGAGUCAAUUGAUCCAUGCCAGGAGGCAUUGGAGGAAGUUUCGAACUUUCUUUGUGAGAGAUUCCCCAAUAUGUUCGAAAUGUCAAUCCAAGACGGCCGAAAGAUCAUCGAUAAUCGCAUGACCGGCGACAAAUUCGCCGUCAGCGGGCGUGACCCCAACGAGGGACUGACCGAGGCACUUGAGGCUGCUGUUCGUCUCACGAUGGAGGAUCUCAGUAUUUUGAUGAUGAACGACGAAGGGGAAUUCUACCUGGCAGCUAGCGCUAGUCUCUUCCCAACGGGGUGGACAGUGAAUCAGAGAAUUGGCUGGACAAUCUCUCAACUGCAUGGCCCUGUACCGCUGUGGCACCAACAAGUUGCGAACUCCGUUAGCAAAUUCCUCGCCCGCCUAACCCCAACCUCUCCAAUGGAACGCUCAAACUUCUUCGUAGAAGUCAAAGGACCAAACGAGAACUUGGCCGAGAUCCUCUAUCGGCCUGGUUCCCUCUGCGAGAAAGAGUUGACCAGCCCACUGCCGUCAGAUAUCCUCAUCCGCCGCGAGAGACAGACUUUCCGUCGACUGCCGCGGACAGGGGCGAUCGUCUUCGGCGUCAAAACGUAUCUUACGCCACUCGAUGAGCUUCCAAUGGCUGACCUCGAUAAUCUUGCCACGGAGAUGAGGAGUUGGCCUGAACAUAAACGGGUUGGCGAGGAAAAGACAGGACAUGAGGAAAGCGAGAAAGAUGAGAGAAUUGAGGUUUGA